GAGGGACAGAGGGACAGAGGGACAGAGGGACAGAGGGACAGUCGGACAGUCACAGGGGAGGCUGCCCGCUCUCCCUCACACACACCGGGACACGGGAGAGUUGAGUACCGGUCUCUGUCCGAGGGGGAAGCCGCUGCGGGAUGACUGUGGCCGGUAUUAACAGCCAGCGGCUGCGGAGUUUGCUCCGGAAGCAGCAGGGCCGGACGCUGCUCCUUGACUGCAGGCCGUUCCUGUGUUUCUCCGCUUCCCAUGUUCAUGGCUCACUCAGCGUCAGCCUCAACACGCUCAUGGUCCGCAGGGCCCGGGGAAGCCCGCUGCCCCUCCACUUCAUCAUCCCGGAUGAGAAAGCACAAGCCCGGCUGCGAGAGGGCCGAGUGGCCACCGUGGUGGUCCUGGAUGAGAGAACCCCGCAGAGAGCGAGUAAAGGCAGCACUGCCCAGAUCGUGUUCAACACCUUAACCACUGCUAGCCCAAGAACGAAAAUCUACUUCCUCAAAGGAGGUUAUGAAGACUUUCACUCUCAGUAUCCAGAAUGUUGCACUGAGCUAACGCCUGGCUUGAACUACACUGGUGUGCAGGAGGUUAAAGAAGCUGCUGCAAGCCCUAUGAACCAACAUGACCAGCCUUGUAGCAACCACAGACCAGUCUAUGAUCAGGGGAAACCUGUUGAAAUCCUGCCUUUUCUGUACUUGGGUAGCGCCUACCAUGCCUCCAGACCCGACUUUCUAGAUGAUCUCCACAUCACUGCUUUGCUGAAUGUCUCUCGUGACUGUGCGGAGUACUUCAAAAGCAAAUAUCACUAUAAAUUCAUUCCUGUAGAAGACAGUGCAACUGCAGACAUGAGUUCCCAUUUCCAGGAAGCGAUUGACUUCAUUGAUCAUGUGAGGCACACAGGAGGGAAGGUGCUGGUCCACUGUGAAGCUGGAAUUUCUCGCUCGCCCACAAUCUGCUUGGCAUAUCUGAUGAGAUCCAAGGAACUACGUUUAGAAGAAGCCUUUGACUACAUUAAAGAGCGAAGGAAUACCAUUUCUCCCAAUUUUGGGUUUAUGAACCAGUUAUUGCAGUAUGAAUCUGAAAUCCUCUCUCUCACCCCGACCAUCCAACCUUGCAAAAGAGACACUGUCUCUUGCUCUGCAGAGGAACUGACCUACAACAAAAGUUUGGAAAGUUCAGUCUAUACUUUCCCCAGUUCACUUUUGAGUACAGUGCCAAUACCAUCACCAGCUCACCCAUUUGAAUUCAGCCCGAUAAAGGUAUCUCUGUCUUGCUGAAAUACAAAGCAAUGUCAGAAACCAUCAAAUGGAGGAAAUGUAACUGAAGGAUCACUAAAACUGAUAUGUCAUGUGAUGGUGAAUCCUGGCUGAUUUCCCAUGGUUUUAUCAGGACCUACAGUAUUUUGUGUUUACCAGACUUAGUCUUCUUUUUAAGAUUGAUGUCCAACCAGAUCAGCUCAGCACAUCCCUUCUGGAGACUGUUGGAACUCAUUACUGAGCCAUGAUGGAACAGGAAGACCAUAGUAACAUGAGCACAUUGAGAGAGAGAAUGGGAAGGCCAUUGCAACUCUGUAUCAUGUGUAAAUGAAGCUUACACUCACUAUCAUGGCUAUGUGUACUGCAUCAGAUUGACAUUGACCCAGCCUUGCUAUGCUGAGCCCUGUCAUUGUCCUGUGGCUCAAGUAUUCUGAGUAAAUCAAUGCGAACCAAAGGCCCUGUUGACAGUGUAUUCAAUGCUUUUGUAUUUAUUCAUUUGUCUCAAUUCAGGGUCAUGUGUUCUUGUCUUAGUAUCAAACAUAUGCAUGAACAAUUGCUUUUUUAAUGUGAUGCUUUGUACUAGAUACCAACAACAUCAUCUGUAUUUGAGAAGAGCCAUGACACACCAGAUUGGGGGAGGGGGAGUUAGAAAAGUUGAUCAUCAUUGGUUAUGAUCUGUGGGAGGAGUUCAGAGAUGGAGGCUAAAUGACCAUGUGCCGGCUUUGUGCAGGAGGUUUGGGGGCUGGGUCCACCUCCAUCAACAAUCUCUCCUUUAAACAUUUAAGUGCUCCCAACAUUCCCUCCUGCACAUCGAUCCUUGCUAUCUGGGGGCAUCCUUUCUCCCUAGCCUUACCAUCCCCUGCCCACCUCGCCAGGACUCAACUCCACUCACUACCCUCAGACUCUCACUUACCUGGCCCUGCAAUCCACAGCAUGGAGCAGUCCCAUUCCUGAACAGCCAUUCCGAUUGGCUGGCAGCUCCUCUGGAGUGAGGAGUGGAAAUCCCACCUCGACACUUGAUGGGUGGUCAGACAGCAGUGUUGGCAACUAGUGAUCUCCCUUCAGACUCCUUGGCUCUGGGAAUAGAAGGCCAGCCAUUCUAUAGAUCUCUCCACCUGCUCCUUGUAGGUUUCAACACCUUUGUGUUCAGCCCAAGGUACUACAACUGUGCUGUAUUACUAUACACGCACAGAUAUAAUCGACAGCAUAUCACCAAACUCGUCUCAAAAUAGACAGAACUUGCAAUUAUACAGUAUGUUUUAUGCCCACAGGAGGUCCCAUAACAACUUUAUUUUGAAGUGCAGUUGCUGUUAUUGUGUAGACAGCAUGGCAGCCAGGUCUGUACUUGGCAAAAUAUUUCAAACUGCGGUGAGGUUACUGAGCAGUUAGUCUGCGAUGCUACGGGCUAUCGGAUCAUCCCUUUUGUUAUCUUUGAUCGGGUUUAUGGGAUCUUUAUCGACCAACUGAACGAGGAGAAGGGCCUUGGUUUUCGAAGUCAGCAGAAAGACAGACCUUGACUCAAGCGUCAGCUGUAUAGUGGGGGUAUGAAGCUAUAAACCUGUACCAAGAGGCAAAGAGUCUACUAUUGACACAGAGGCAUUAGAAAACUCUCUUUAUUUUCUUUGUUUUUAUUUAUGAAACCUUUCUUGCACAUUUAUUCCAUGUUCAGCACCCCCUGACCUUGGUACUUAUGUUCAUGGUGAUAAUCCAAGUCAUAGAGACAGAUUCUCAGCUCUCUUGUGUCAUGGACCAUUGGACUUUCCUUGAAUAUCAGGCAAGUUUGACCAAUGGGUGCAGAUUAGAGGCCAAUCUGCAAAAUUCGAUUUACGCCUGAGCAGGAAGUUCAACAUUGGUGCCAAGAGCCAACCUCUUCCCCAGGCACUGAGUUCCUGCAAACCCUUCUGCCCCAGAGCUUUGAGACUUGCACUAGCCCCUCACUGAGCUCCCAAGGUGUAAUGCUUCCCCCCACCCCAGUCCAUCAUAUCAUGCCCUCUAUUGAUUGAUACUGAAUUCCAAACUGCCUUUAUUGAGCUCUAUAAGAUUUCUCCCAAUGGAAAUUCUCCAAGAACAGCUAUUUUCCCAGGUGGUAAAUAAGGACCACUACAUUUAGGUAAUUCUCUCACCUCAUCGGAUGCAGUUGUGAAUCAUGCCACUAUCAGCCUCAUGACUAUAUUAAUACACUGCUACCUCAAAUUGAAAAUAUACUUAACAUAAUGAUGGUGCUUUCUACAGUUACAAUGAUUUGAAACAGUUUGAAUCUUGUCCUGUCGCACCAGGUGUCCUGCUGGUUUAAUGUGGAUCUGAGCAGAGGUCUGACCACUGAAAUGCUGUUUGAGUCAUUGAUGUCAAGUUUGUCUCAGGAUUUGUGAAUACUGCUAUAAAAAUGUAAAUGUUUUCAGGGCAUGUUGCAAUAGCCCCUUGUCAAUGAGCAAUACAUUUUGGGAAUAAGUGCAGUUGUGAUUAUUUGUAUCUUGCCUGUACAGUAUCAAUAAAAUGUUUCUGAUGGAAA